AUGGUCGAUUCCUCUAAUAAUAUUCAGUAUAAUACUCUCCUUAAGCUAAGCAAUGAAGAAGCAUCAUCUCAACAGCUUUUGGAAGCAUCUCAACAAUCUUCAGAAGUAUCUCAACAAGAGCAGGCUCCAUCCUCAACAAAGAAGACAGCUAAGAAGAUCCAGCAACAACACCAGGCUCCAUCCCCAACAAAGAAGACAGCUAAGAAGAUCCAGCAACAACACCAGGCUCCAUCCUCAACAAAGAAGACAGCUAAGAAGAUCCAGCAACAACACCAGGCUCCAUCCUCAACAAAGAAGACAGCUAAGAAGAUCCAGCAACAACACCAGGCUCCAUCCCCAACCAAGAAGACAUCUAAGAAGAUCCAGCAACAACACCAGGCUCCAUCCCCAACCACGAAGACAGCUAAGAAGAUCCAGCAACAACAGCAGGCUCCAUCCCCAACCAAGAAGACAUCUAAGAAGAUCCAGCAACAACACCAGGCUCCAUCCCCAACCACGAAGAUAGCUAAGAAGAUCCAGCAACAACAGCAGGCUCCAUCCCCAACCACGAAGACAGCUAAGAAGAUCCAGCAACAACAGCAGGCUCCAUCCCCAACCAAGAAGACAUCUAAGAAGAUCCAGCAAGAACAACAAGAGCAGGCUCCAUCCUCAACCACUAUGAUAGCUAGGACGAUGCAGCAAUCAGAGAUUUUACCUGAAAUGCUACAAAAUUCUUCAAAACUACCUACAAAAGAUACAAGAAAGAGAAAAGCUCGAACAUAUAUUCUACAACACAAAUAUGAUAAGCAUCCGCAACAAAAAGUUGAUAAGGCUAGGAUAACUCUUCCUAAGACAAAACAAAAAAAGGUUGAUGAUGAAAAGCAAAAGGAACAGGGUGAAGAAGAAAAGGAGGAAGAAGGAGAGCAGGAUGAAGAGGAAGCAGAAGAUGAUGAGGAAGCAGAAGAGGAUCAGGAAGAUAGUCAAGAGGAGGAGGAACAAGGAGACCAGGAUGAGGAAGAAGAAGCAGAAGAGGAUCAGGAAGAUAGUCAAGAGGAGGAGGAACAAGGAGACCAGGAUGAGGAAGAUAGUCAAGAGGAGGAAGAAGAAGGACAGCAGGAUGAUGAUGAAGAAGAGGAGCAAGAUGAUGAGGAAGCAGAAGAGGAUCAGGAAGAUAGUCAAGAGGAGGAAGAAGAAGGACAGCAGGAUGAUGAAGAAGAAGAGGAUCAGGAAGAUAGUCAAGAGGAGGAAGCAGAGGAGGAUCAGGAAGAUAGUCAAGAAGAGGAGGAACAAGGAGACCAGGAUCAGGAAGAUAGUCAAGAGGAGGAAGAAGAAGGACAGCAGGAUGAUGAUGAAGAAGAGGAGCAAGAUGAUGAGGAAGCAGAAGAGGAUCAGGAAGAUAGUCAAGAGGAGGAGGAACAAGGAGAGCAGGAUGAGGAAGAAGAGGAGGAUCAGGAUGAUGAGGAAGCAGAAGAGGAUCAGGAAGAUAGUCGAGAGGAGGAGGAACAAGGAGAGCAGGAUGAGGAAGAAGAGGAGGAUCAGGAUGAUAGUCAAGAGGAGGAGGAACAAGGAGAGCAGGAUGAGAAGGAAGCAGAAGAGGAUCAGGAAGAUACUCAAGAGGAGGAGGAACAAGGAGAGCAGGAUGAGGAGGAAGCAGAAGAGGAUCAGGAAGAUAGUCAAGAGGAGGAGGAACAAGGAGAGCAGGAUGAGGAGGAUGAGGAUGAGGAUGAAGAUGAGGAUGAGGAUGAGGAUGAGGAUGAGGAUGAGGAUGAGGAUGAGGAUGAGGAUGAGGAUGAGGAUGAGGAUGAGGAAGACGAUGAGGAUGAGGAUGAGGAUGAGGAAGACAUUCGCCCUUCAAGAUCCUUAGGCAAGCAUAAGCUUGGAGUGUUUGAAUGUGGCAUGGAAAAUAAGAAUGAGAAUGAGAAAUUUGUUUUCAAGGCACUGCUGUGGAAGAAGAAGAAGAAUUCUAGAUAUCUUGGUCGAGCAAGGCCUGCCUGGGCUGCCAGCUCAAGAAAGUCCGCUGCGGGGAAGCGCGGCCCUGCGUACGCUGCUGCCGGACAGGGUGUAUCAGCGGAGGCGAGAGCAGGUGACCCAAGCGUGCGAGCGCUGCAGGAGGUCGCGACUCAAGUGCGACGCCGAGAGGCCUUGCGGGCGAUGCGUCAGGUCAGGCCAGACGUGUCUGGACGGACGGAGGCGGAGGGGAGGAACUGGGCGAUUGGGGAUGAAGAGGCAGCAGAGGCCCAGAGCUGCUGGACAUUGAACGAGCUCGUCAGCCCAGACAGCAUGCCGGGAGUGUACCUGACGGAGGGGCCCUGGGGCGAAGAGGAAGAGCAAGAUGGAUUCCCUCUAGGAGGGUACCUCCUGUCACCGAGCACGGAGGAGGAGGUCACCUGGGAGAGGCCGGAGAGGCAGGACGAUCCUUCACCUUUGUUUGAUUGGUAG